CGUGAUUCUUAGGGGGAACGACAGAAAUACGUGAAACAAAUCGAAUUUGGAUAAUUGGAUCUUCUACCUGUAUCCCAUUGGAUGCAGCCGUAGGUUACAGUAUCGAAGUUCGAGACACUCGUCAACGAAACGGGUAUGAUAACGACUGUCAACUAUAUAAGGCGCGAGUUUUUAAUGGGAGCCGCUUUUCGUCCGGCGCUUUAUAAACUCAACUGAAAUCCCACGCAAGCAUCCUCGUUUCAUCUUCAUCAGAGAAAUGUCUUAUUUAUUCGAUCGAUAGGUUCCAGUUUCUUGUCAUUCAUCUGACCAGUUCCCGUAAUCUCGGUUCACUUCUGUUUUCUUUUUGAGUCCGGUCGCCAUGGGGGACUGGCAGGAGCUAGCUCAAUCGGUAUUCAUAGGCCUCAUUUUCUCGUUCCUUGUCGCAAAGCUUAUAUCCAUGGUCAUAUCGUUUAGAGACGAGAACCUUAGGGUGGCGCGCCAAGAGGAUUUACCGGCUAUACCAGUCGAAUCUGAACCAACACCUUCGUACGCUGAAAGGACAACUGAACAAGAAUUCGUUGCCGCUAAAGCUGGCAUUCCCGGCGAUGAGAAGUCGGGGGUUCGUGAAGAGAAUCAAAGAGCUUCUGAGCAACCGAGAGUACAGAGUGAGAGCCUUUUGGGAGAAGACGAUGAUGAUUGGGAAGGGGUUGAAAGUACAGAACUAGAUGAAGCAUUUAGUGCAGCCACUGCUUUUGUAGCUGCUGCUGCUGCUGAUCGUCUGUCGCAGAAGGUCUCUAAUGAUAUUCAGCUGCAGCUCUAUGGGCUCUAUAAGAUUGCCACUGAGGGGCCUUGCAACACGCCGCAGCCCUCUGCCCUCAAGAUUUCGGCUCGUGCCAAGUGGCAUGCAUGGCAGAAAUUGGGUGCUAUGCCUCCAGAAGAAGCAAUGCAGAAGUAUAUCACGAUUGUUACUGAUCUAUAUCCUACUUGGGCAACUGGUUCCGUGGCUAAAAGUAGAGAUGGAGGUACUGAUGCUUCUACUUCAGAUGCUAAAGGAACAAUAGGCCCAGUGUUCAGCACCUUCAUUUAUGAAGAGGAGUCUGAAAAAGAAUUGAAGAUGGAUGCCAUACAUGCCUCUGCACGAGAAGGAGAGAUGGAUAACUUGCUUAAAUAUAUGGAUAAUGGUGUUCCAGUUGAUCUGAGGGAUGGAGAGGGUCGGACACCAUUACAUUGGGCUGUAGACCGUGGCCACCUCAAUAUUGUGGAGCUUCUUGUUAGCAGGAAUGCUGAUGUAAAUGCUAAGGAUAAUGAAGGCCAAACACCAUUGCAUUAUGCGACGGUAUGUGAAAGAGAAGGCAUUGCUAAGUUUCUUGUGAAGCAAAAUGCAGAUGUAAAUGUGAAGGACAAUGAAGGCAACUCCCCAGGUGACCUAUGUGAGCUAGACUGGCCGUGGAUGCAUUGACACUCGUUUAUAUAAAAAGUGAAUGAGUGUGGAACUUUUGUUUGACUAAAAUAUUCAAAUUUUUGAAGUUAAUCCCGACAUGAAAAUGUAAUUUAAACAAUUAUUUUUCUUCUCAUUCAAAUCCCUCUCGCUAAAUCUUGGAGGGAGCAAAUGCGUAUGUUUUACCUGGAAUAGAAAUGGAUCCAAGCUUGAACCUGCCUUGAAUUAAUCAUACCCAAUUUGUUAUUGGGUAGGGUUGGUUCCAAGGUUUUAAAUUCUUGGAAUGGGCCCCCAUCCAAGAUACUUUGAGGAUGUGAAGAUUUGAACUUUAACACUUGUGAUUAGGAAUUCCAUCGUCUCAUUUCAAUGAUUUGAUUUAUUUUAUUUUGAUA